AUGCAAAUGGACUUUGAGAAGUCCUACGCCACAUAUGCGGAUGGCGAGGCUGAAAAAUUCAUCGGCAAGAUUGUCAAGACGGGCGUCGAGCGCGGGGUUUGGAGCCGCGAGGACCUAGUGCUCACCACCAAACUCUUCUUCGGCACAAAGCUCGCCCACGGUGGUGGUGGCCCUAAUGAUACUGGUCUGAGUCGCAAGCACGUUAUUGAGGGCAUGAAGGGGUCGCUCAAACGCUUUGACCUGGACUACGUCGACGAGAUUGUGCGAGCCAUGAACUACGUGAUAGAUCAAGGUUGGGCGUGCUACUGGGGUACCAGUGAAUGGACGGGUGCUGAAAUCAUUGAGGCGUGCGAUGUUGCUGACCGCCUGGGUCUCAUUCACCCGAUUUGCGACCAAACCCGCUACAACAUCCUCGAUCGCUCUCGCGUAGACUACGACUUUGUGAGCUUGUACAAGAAAUACAAGUACGGUAUUACUGCAUUUUCGGCGCUGUCCAGUGGUGUGCUAACUGGCAAGUACAAUGACGGGAUCCCAGAGGGCUCUCGCAUGUCGAUCCCGUGGUUUACGAAGAUUCUCUCGAACGGUCUUCAAGAGAAGACAACCAAAGCACGUCAGCUAACGGAGAUUGCCAAGGAAAUCGGCUGCACGCGUCCACAACUAGCUAUCGCAUGGUGCGUUGCCAACACAAAUGUGUCCACUGUCCUUCUUGGUGCUUCGAGAAUCGAGCAACUCGACGAGAAUCUGAGGGCUCUGGAGUAUGAGGACAAGAUUACACCUGAGAUUCGUGACAAGAUUGAUGCUAUCGCAGAUUUCAAGCCUGAGUUGACAAAGGUUCAGGACAACGUCCACCAGAUGCGUGGAAAGUGGCAAUAA